AUGAAGCCUGUAAUGCUCAGGCAGCCUGUGAGGAAUUUUGCCGGGUCGACAGCCGCUUUUCGGCGAACGCUGUUUUCUGCUCUGCAAAGUGACCCACCCAGGUACCCGACCGAAACCCAAGUUUUUAAUCUUUAA